AUGACCAGCUCACGCUCCACUGACAGCAAACUUCUCAAUAACAAGGCCGCAACAAGCAUCAACCAGACCAAUGCCCUAUGUGGGAUUAUCCAUCCAGCCAAGAAAGCCCUGCAAGUAACGGUGGAGUGUGAGGACCUGCAAGUGAGGCUGCAGUGUGAUGGCCUGCAAGUGAAGGUGGAGUAUGAGGCAUGGACGGAUGAAGAGGAUGACGAUGAGGCGGAUAUCGAUAGCGAUGAGGACGAAGAUACUGAUGAGGACGAAGAUAUUGAUGAAGACGAAGAUACGGAUGAGGGUACGGACGGGAAUGAAUAUACGGACCUCGAUAGCGAAGAAGAUGACGAAGAAGAGAAUGAAAGCACAGUAACAUCAAUCUCACAACCUGCGAUUGACUUUAAGACCGAAGCUCCCGAGCUUGCUCAGUGGGACCACUUUCAUGCCCCGGUCGCACAAAAACUUCUUUCCCGCAUCCCUUUCGAGGUUUGGGAGAUGAUCCUCAGUCACGUUCCACCCUGUCGUCUUGCACGGCUUCUUCCUGUCUCCAAGGGUUGGAAAUCAAUGAUCGAGAACCUCAUACUCUGGAAGGACAUCGCCACCAACUGCCACAUCGGCGACUCUGCUUUUCCAGCAUCCAACCACAUGCAGCCUGUCCUUGGCCACAUGGUCGUCAUCUGUGACCUGUGUCUUCAAAGGAGCUACCAAUUCGGGAGUGAUAUCCCACUUCCUGUUCGGAGACCAGAUCUGCUGGGCCUGACCUGGAUGUGCAAAAACUGUCGCCGAUGGUACAGGGCCGCACACCCCGAGGUGAUGUCCGACCUCACAAGAGCAUCGCAGGAUUUGGACGUAUACGAGCAAGGGCCAUGCGUGAAAGUGACCCGGGCACAAACCUACAGACGUUCACACUGGCAGCCCGAGCGAUUGGAUGACUUGAAUGAUUUUGACGGCUAUGGCGAGAAUGACGAGGACUACGAGGAUGAUGAGGCCUACGAAGAUGAUGAGGACUACGAGGGCGAUGAGAACUACGAAGACUACGAGGACUACGGGGACUACGAAGAUUCCAAAGACUACGGCAGCGAGGUCUUGGAUUCGGACCAGGAGCACUACUACCAGCCGGGCGAAUGGCGUCCGACUUGGAGGAACCGUGGUGCGGACGAAUAUAGUUGGUUGAAUCAGGUCCUUUGUCGGGGUCGAGAACGUAUGCUUAGAACUAUGCUCGCCAUCUACGGACUGGAAAUCCGUCCAGGUUCUCGUCUCUGCACAGAUUUCAUUGAGGGUACGCCUUACGACCCCGAUAAGAUCGUAAAGACGAUGCGGGAAUUGACUUGGUACUUCAAGCACACUAAUUAUCCGCGACACAACAGGUUUGGACAGGAGAAGGCCAAGAUAAGGGCGAUCGCCGCCUGGUGUGAGGAAUUCGAGAGCAUGGAAGGGCUUGAUAGCAUACCAGAAUACAAGGCUCACAAAAACGCGCCUCCAGAACCGUUAUGGCCAAUGGUCGACCUCGCGUUCGGUGUGCUUACGAAGUAUUGGGAAAAGCAAUAUCGCAUAGAGGAGGCUCAUGCAGAGUUUGGGGCUCAGGUAGCAGAGGCAAUGAUCAUGACAGAGGACAGCUCUGACGAGGACGACGAGGAUGAAGAGGACGACGACGACGAUGAUGACGAGGACAAUGACUCGCAAUUGGAGACCGAGGACGAUGGCUCGCAGCGGGAGACUGAGGACGACUCUGAUGAAACAGGCUCGGGAGCUGAGGACCCGUAUGAUGACUUGGACCCGAACCCGGGCACGAAGUGGGAUGACUGGGAUGACGACGAGGACGAGGAGGUGUAUUCGUCGGAGGAGUAUGAAAGCGGCGAGCCCAGUGCGUGGGAACUGAUGUCGCAGGCGGUUCGGGAUAAGAUGCGCAGGGCACUAACGCGCAACUUUGACUUCACGAUCGACUGUGCGGUCGAGGCGACCGAUGGCCAGUAG